UCCAUAAAGAUCCUUGUUAUUAUCAUAGUUGACACAAAUGACAUGUCACUCAAUAAUGACCAUUAAUCCAAUGACCAAUGAAAAAUUCAACAAAAUAUUAAUAUUGGUUUUUUGUUUACUAAGAAAAUAAUAGGCUGUUUUUUUUUGGUAUAAAUAACAAAUCCAAAUCUAAAUCAAAAGAAGAGAAGAGAGAGAAAGAGAGACAUUGUAACGACUUUCUCUCCCUUCUUCCUAUUAUUUCUCGCCAUGUUUUCUCUUCUUUCUUUUCUGGAAUGAAUCUUCUAUUACAUUUUCAUUUCAAUGAAAGUGUAUAUUUUUUCGAUAAUUUUGCGUUAAUCCAUAUUUCAAAACAGAAUCAUGAUGAUGAAAAUUUGAUGUGUGAAAGUUGAACGUAAAUUGUUCUCUUUAAUAUAUAUACAAAGGAAAAAGAAAGAGAAGAAUUAAAGACAAUGAUGAAGGGAGAAGCAUUGGUAGAGAAGGGUGCAAAUUCAGAUGAGGAAGAGAGCAUUGUAGUUUCGGUAAGGGUUAGACCAUUGAACGAAAAGGAAUUAGCCAGAAAUGAAGAAUGUGAUUGGGAAUGUAUUAGUAAUAAUACUGUUGCAAUCAAGAACAAUCUUUCUGAACGUAUUACCUUUCCGACUGCUUAUACUUUUGACAGGGUAUUUGGAUUCGACUGCACCACAAAAGAGGUAUACGAUGAAGGAGCUAAAGAAGUCAUUCUUUCAGUUCUCAAGGGUAUUAAUUCAACCCUUUUUGCCUAUGGCCAAACAAGUAGUGGAAAGACAUAUACUAUGAAUGGAGUUACCAAAUAUGCAAUAGCAGAUGUAUAUGAUUACAUUGAAAUGCAUAAAGAAAGGGAAUUUGUAUUGAAGUUCUCUGCAAUGGAGAUUUAUAAUGAAAUUGUAAGAGAUCUUCUUAGUGCAGAUGGUACUCCACUCCGACUUUUAGACGAUCCCGAGAAAGGUACUGUAGUUGAAAAACUUACUGAGGAGAUUUUAAGGGAUCAAAGUCAUUUAAAGGAGCUUCUUUCUAUAUGUGAAGCUCAAAGGAAGAUCGGAGAGACAUCACAAAACGAAACUAGCUCAAGAUCUCAUCAAAUUCUGAGAUUGACAGUUGAAAGUUCAGCUAGUGAAUUUCAACAAGCAAGACAUUCCAAUGCCCUAACAGCUAGUGCAAAUUUCGUUGAUUUAGCGGGGAGUGAGCGUGUUUCUCAAACAUUAUCGGUUGGAACAAGGUUAAAAGAAGGCAGCCAUAUAAACCGCAGUUUACUAACAUUGGGUACUGUUAUUCGAAAGCUAAGUAAAGGAAGAAAUGGUCAUGUACCUUACCGAGAUUCUAAGCUAACGCGCAUAUUACAAAACUCGUUGGGAGGCAAUGCAAGAACAGCCAUCAUUUGCACACUAAGCCCAGCGCGUAGCCACGUUGAGCAAUCGAGAAACACCCUCUUUUUCGCGAGUUGUGCUAAAGAAGUUACAACUAAUGCCAAGAUCAAUGUAGUUGUAUCAGAUAAGGCAUUGGUGAAGCAAUUGCAAAGAGAAUUGGCUAAAAUGGAGAGUGAAUUAAAGACCUUACAAUCAACUCCUGAUUCACAUGAUUCAACUGUUUUGCUAAAGCAAAAUGAGCUUUUGAUUGAGAAGAUGGAUGAAGAGAUUAAAGAAUUGAGAAAACAGCGCGAUUUUGCUGAGUCUCGAAUUGAGAGUAUGCUGCAAUCAAAAGGGUCAAAUUCAGAGUCUCAAACCCGAAAUGAAGAAGUUCUUUCCAAGCAAAACAAACUACAUCCUCUCCUCACUAUACCCGAAGAUAAGAGCGCAGAAAACUCGGUUGUGAAUGAAGAGAAUGAGUUGAAUGAAGAGGAGAAAGUGAGCUACAUUGUCACUGAUAAUUGUAGUUAUGAUGCAUUGCAACAAAAAGUUCAAGAAUUGCAAAAAACAAUUAACUCUCUUGUCAAUUAUUACCCUUCUGAGGAUUCUCCUUGUUCAUCUGAAGCUUGUAUGUCUAGCUCAAGAAGUGUUAUGUUGACUAGAAGUAGAAGUUGCAAAGCUGUUCUCACAACAACAAGUCCAUCUUUUGUUGGAUUGAAUGAGGAAGAAGAACAUAAUGAGAAAGAAUCGCCAUCACCAGCACAAAACUUUUGGUGGAAUUCCCAUAGAUCAGUUCGCAGUGCAAAUUUCGCGAAGUUGUCAAGAAAAGAUUCCAACAAUUCUAAUUUGAGCUUUUCACUUGAUAAUGUGGAUGACAUUGUUGAGAGAAAAUCACAACAUGGUAGAGGAAAAGGAAUUAAGCGAUCGAGCAAUAGUAGUCGCCAUACUAGAAGGUUAAUUAGAAACGAUUGUAAUGCUUCUAUUUUGAGCGCUUCUUUUGAACCAGACGAGUUUGAUGAAGAAGAGAGUGAUGAGAAUGAAUCUCGCGAAAGAGAAAAUGAGAUUAAGCAACACAAUGCUUCUAGAUUGAACCUUGCUCAUCAUCACAACAAUAAGAAGCUAAUUAGAAAUGAUUCUAAUGCUUCUUCUUGUUUGAGUUCGUCCUUGGAGACGAAUCAAACAAAGGAAAUUCAUCUAAGAAGAGAAAAGGGUUUGCGAGAAAAGCUUCUUAGAUCGAAAUUUGGUACUAAAACAUCAAAAAUUUCGAAAAGACACUCUCGAGCUUCAGUGCUAAGUGCUCCCGCGACAAGGAAUCAUUCUAAGGAGUCAGAUUCAGAAGAAAGUGUCCUCAACUUUAUGCAAGAAGAACUCGAGAAUCAACAAGAAGAAGAAGAAGAAGAAACCAUAAAGCACAUCAACGCGGAACCUUUGAUUACUUGGCCAUUGGAAUUUGAGAAGAGAAGACAAGAAAUCAUUGAGUUAUGGGACUUAUGUUAUGUCCCAUUAACGCAUAGAUCUUACUUCUUCCUCAUUUACAAAGGCGAGCGAUCAGAUUCUGUUUAUCUCGAGGUGGAGUUAAGAAGGCUACAUUUUCUCAAGGAUACAUUUACUAUUAAGAGUAGUAAUGUGAAGAAAGACACUCAAAUUCUAACUCGAGCUUCGAGUUUGAAGAUGCUUAAUCGCGAAAGGGAAAUGUUAAGCAAGCAAGUUCAUAAGAAGUUUCCAAGAAAAGAUAGAGAAAGUCUUUACCAAAAAUGGGGUAUUAAGCUAAAAUCAAAACAAAGGAGUUUACAAUUAGCAAAGUGUUUAUGGACUAAUACAAAUGAUAAUGAGCAUUUGAAACAAAGUGCUCUUCUUGUUGCUAAGUUGGUUGGGAUAGCAGAGCCAAACCAAGUCCCUAAAGAGAUAUUUGGACUAAGUUUCUUAUCUCAACCUAUCAAUUUUAGUCCUUACUAAAAUUUAACUAAUUGGGUUGUAAUGAUUUUUCUUCUUCUUCUUAUGAUCAAUUGUAAUUUAACAAAUUGUAAUAGUGAAACAAACCAUGAAAUUGUGAUUGUAAAUCAAAGUCACUAUAAUGUGUAUUUAUGUGUGUAGAUGAUUCAAAGAGAACAUAACAUGUGUUUUUCA